UCUCUCUCUCCCUCACAUCCGGGUGUCGCCUCUUCAGCGCAGACGCGUCGCGGUGAUUGCAGCGCUCUGCUUUUCCGCGUUAGUAGCGGGGGGGAACGGAGCACAGCGAGAGUGGCCAAAUCUAACUGAAUUACACUGCCCGUUCCUCGAUUAAAAUGAAAAAGACGUGACAUACCAUCCGGCGUCCGUGUUUAGGGAAUGAGCGUGGGAUUAUGACACGAGACGGGAUGACAACACUGCCUGACAUGUGAGACGUCAGGACAAAUACAACAACAGUGCGCUUGUGUGGCUGUCUCCGCCACCGUCUGUUUAUGCUCGCUCUGUUGAUGCACAUUUUGCAUUCGUUUCGCAUUCGCUGGGAGGCAAAAUGAAGAAGUUUAAUAUCAGGAAGGUGUUGGACGGCUUGACUGCGGCGUCCUCUUCCUCCACCGCCGCGUCCCUUCAGUCGGGAAACCGGGAGAAUGACAUGAUUCAGGAGACCCUGCAGUCAGAGCAUUUCCAGCUCUGCAAGACAGUGCGACAUGGCUUUCCCUAUCAACCCUCCUCCAUGGCUUUUGACCCUGUGCAGAAAAUUUUGGCUAUUGGCACACAAAGUGGAGCCCUGAGACUAUUCGGCCGAGCUGGAGUGGAGUGUUUCUGCCAGCAUGAGAGCGGUUCAGCAGUCAUCCAGUUGGAGUUUCUUGUAAAUGAAGGUGCGCUAGUUAGUGCUUUGGCAGAUGACAGUAUUCAUUUGUGGAAUCUGAGGCAAAAACUUCCAGCCAUCCUUCAUUCUCUUAAAUUUAACCGGGAGAGGAUCACGUUUUGCCAUUUGCCGUUUCAGAGUAAAUGGCUGUACGUGGGCACAGAAAGAGGGAACAUUCACAUUGUCAAUGUGGAGUCCUUCACGCUCUCAGGCUAUGUGAUCAUGUGGAACAAAGCCAUCGAACUUUCCUCAAAGACUCAUCCUGGACCUGUAGUUCAUAUCAGCGAUAACCCUAUGGACGAAGGGAAACUUUUAAUUGGUUUUGAGUGUGGCAUAGUUGUGCUGUGGGACUUGAAAUCGAAGAAGGCUGACUAUCGGUACAGCUAUGAUGAGGCGAUCCACUCUGUGGCAUGGCAUCACGAGGGAAAACAGUUUGUGUGCAGUCACUCAGAUGGCACGCUUACCACAUGGAAUAUACGUGCUCCUGCCAAGCCUGCCCAGAUCAUUACGCCACAUGGUAAACAGCCCAAGGAUGGAAAGAAGCCGGAGCCUUGCAAACCCAUCUUGAAAGUGGAGUACAAAACUACCAGGGCAGGGGACCCAUUCAUGAUACUGUGUGGAGGUUUGUCAUAUGAUACAGUGGGUAGACGAGCCUGUCUGACUGUGAUGCAUGGGAAGAGCACUGCAGUGCUGGAGAUGGACUACCCCAUAGUGGAUUUCCUUACGCUGUGUGAAACCCCAUAUCCAAACGAUUUCCAGGAGCCUUAUGCGGUUGUUGUCCUGCUGGAGAAGGAUUUGGUUCUCAUUGAUCUUGCACAAAUUGGGUAUCCGAUCUUUGAGAAUCCAUAUCCUCUGUCCAUCCAUGAGUCUCCAGUGACCUGCUGUGAAUAUUUUGCCGACUGUCCAGCUGAAAUCAUUCCUGCACUUUACUCAGUGGGCUCCAGACAGAAGAGACAAGGGUUCAGUAAAAAGGAAUGGCCUAUAAGUGGAGGUAACUGGGGCCAGGGAACACUAAGUUUCUCAGAGAUGAUCAUCACUGGGCAUGCUGAUGGAUCGAUCAAGUUUUGGGAUGCCUCAGCAUUAAUGCUGCAGGUUUUGUAUAAGCUGAAAACAGCGAAGGUGUUUGAGAAGCCCCGCAGUAAAGAGGAGAAAUCCAGCACUGAAAUUGUGGAUGAAGAUCCGUUCGCCAUCCAGAUUCUGUCCUGGUGUCCAGAGAGCCGUGUGCUCUGUGUGGCUGGAGUCUCAGCUCAUGUCAUAGUGUACAGGUUCAGCAAACAGGAAGUCACCACUGAAGUGGUUCAGCUCCUGGAGGUGCGUAUGCAGUGUGAGCUGAAUGAAGUGGAGUCUCCCGAGUGCGGAGGCGAGCAGGCAUCAGCUGUGUCCACCCCAGGAACCCAAUCUAGCCCUCAGACCUCCCUGCCUCAGUCCCACCCCUCCACCAGCAGCAACAACUCGUCUGACGGCCUGCGAGAUAACGUGCCCUGUCUCAAGGUCAGGAGUUCUCCUCUCAAACAGUCUGCGGGUUACCAGGUGGAGCUGCUCAUUCAGCUGGUGUGGGUCAGCGGGGAGCCGCCACAACAGAUCACCAGCCUGGCCGUCAACUCUGCAUAUAGCCUAGUUGCUUUUGGCAAUGGUAAUGGACUUGCCGUGAUUGAUUACCUUCAGAAAACACUGCUUCUGAACAUGAGCAUAGCUGAGCUGUAUGGAUCAACAGAUCCUCACCACAGACAACCGCGCUCGCCCCGCAAAACCAGACAGCCCUCGGCAGGUCUUUGUGAUGGUAAUGAUGCAUCAGCCGCACCAGAGGAGAAAUGCAAAUCACCAACAGGCUCCGGUUCACCGUGCAAUUCUGAUGAAGACAGCAAACAAAGGUUCAUUGACAGGGGUACGAUACAUUAUAAACAGCUUUUUUGUCUUAGGAAAUCUUUUAUUUUCUUUGAUUGGUUCUAUUCACUACAUUUUCCAGUGAAGUCCAAAAGCAAGCGGAUAUCCAAGACUGUUGCCAAUGACUUUGCUAAGAUAUCCCGGAAAAUUAACAUGAUUGCUGAUCAGAAAGAUGAAAGGAGGUUACGGCGUCACUGCUCUCUCCCUGGUAAGAAACAACAGAGUUCAGUGAAGGAAAUGAAGAAGAAACGCUCAGUUUCUUUCCAUGAGACCUCAUUCUGUGACCCCAACGCCAGGGACAACUCAUUCAGCCGCUCACGCAGCUCCAGUGUGACCAGCAUUGACAGAGAGUCACGUGAGGUCAUUUCUUCCUUCUACUUUUGUGACUCUCUGUCCAAGAAGAGCGAGACUGUGGCAGUGCCCAGCCUGUGGAUUGGUACCUCAUUGGGCAGCAUGCUGGCCAUCGCCCUCACUGUGCCCUCCACACCAGAGCAGAGGAUGCAACAGCCUGUGGGCGUCGCUUUCUGUGGUCCAGUCGUGCGCUUGAAGGGAGGUAUUUUGCGCAUGGCCCAGCUGGACUUCAGCGGGACCCUUCUGCCCCAUGUUUACGAGUCCUGGUAUGAGCCCAACGCCCCUGAGGAGGAGAGAGAACGGCCACAGAGACGCCGGCCCACCUCGCCUCCUUCUUCUCAGGAGAACCCGGACUGUCAGUACGCUGUGGUCUGCUCAGAGAAACAGGCUAAGGUGGUGGCAAUGCCCUCCCAAAACUGUGUCUAUGAACACAACAUCACAGAGACCUCCUUCGUACUGAGAGCAGAUGUGGUGACGAUGACCGCAGGGGUCGGCAUCGCCUGCUUCUGUGCCAAUGGCCAUAUCAUGACCCUCAGUUUGCCCAGCCUGCGGCCACUGCUAGAUGUGAACUACCUUCCCCUGACAGACAUGAGGAUAGCUAGAACCUUCUGUUUCUCAAACCAAGGCCAAGCCCUGUACCUCACAUCGCCCACUGAGAUCCAAAGAAUCACCUAUAUCCAGGAAACCUGUGAUAACCUGCAGGAGAUGCUUGGAGAGCUGUUUACUCCAGUGGAGACACCAGAGGCUCCAAACCGAGGCUUCUUCAAGGGUUUAUUUGGAGGCGGGGCUCAGUCCUUAGACAGAGAGGAUCUGUUCGGAGAGGUGUCUGCUGGUAAAGCUUCACGCAGCCUGGCGCAGCACAUCCCAGGUCCAGGUGGUAUGGAGGGCAUGAAGGGGGCCGCGUCCGGUGUGGUGGGAGAGUUGGCACGCGCGAGGAUAGCUUUGGACGAGAGAGGACAGAAACUAGGCGAGCUGGAGGAGAGGACAGCAGGCAUGAUGGCCAGCGCUGACUCCUUCUCUAAACACGCGCAUGAUAUGAUGCUGAAAUACAAGGACAAGAAAUGGUACCAGCUCUGAAGUCCCUGCAGGGAGUCAGCGCACCUUCCUAUAAAGACAUCCCUCCUCCGUUUCUUCCUUCUCUUCCUGUAUCUUUCUCUCUCUGUGAUGUCCAGAGACUGCCACUAGCAUUCAGCACAACGUCACGCAGCAUUACCUCGAACUGAGGAGCUGCGGAAAGACAGAGGAGACAGGAGGGGAAGGAACGGGACAGGCGAAACGCAUCAGGACGGGAUUUCCUUUACUUCUCGGUGGCAGUUGAGCUUCCUCUUCUGAAAACAAAGCCGUGGAUCUUGUCUUGGGAGAGGAGGCUCUUCACCAGAGCUGCCCUGUCUUAUACCUUCAUCCGCCACGCUGUCAUUUGCACUGCCAUUCUGUCUGCAAAGAAACUCAAAAAAGGACCUUAAGGGAAAUGAAAGAUUUAAGAUGAAUGAAAUGGGUCAGAGGGACAUAGAGCUGACAAAAGAAAGUCUAACGUCUGCAGCAUUGCCAUGCUUAAUGCUUCUGAUAAUCUGUCACUAGAGCAAGAAUAGGUUGCAUGUCUAGUGAUUUAAUUUAGGAAAUUAGUGCUUUUUCUUGUUUUUGUAAUUGAGAUGAAUCUCAGCUAGCUAAUAUUUCACCUCAAAAGCAAUAUUUUGCAUAAAGAAAACCUUUUUUUAGGAGGCAGGCGUGUUCUUUAAGCAAAAUAUUACAUAAAUUAGAUUUUAGGUUGAAGCAUAAGUAGAUUCACCCGGUAAUCAUGUUAGCUGUGGAAAAGGCCGGAUUGUCUUACAUAAAGUGUGAUGAAGUACCAUUUAAUUUCACCUCUAAAGGGCUGGAAGUUGCUGUAUUUACCACAUAUCAUGUGAUUAAUUUGCUAUAUGAAAUUGCAGACGGGCCUGGGCAGUGAAGCUGAUCUGAUCAUGCAUCAUUUUGUUGUCUUUUCGUCUAAAGGACGUAUUGGUUUAUGCUGAUCAGGUCUCAAAAGAGCUUUUAGGGAAGAGAUCUGACUUUGAUGUACUCCAUACGCUGUGUUGACACUGGAGAAAGAUGUUCAUUUUGAAUAUACAUAUAUAAAGAUCUAAUUAGCGUGACUGUCUAAAAACGUGUCUGGCUCAUAUUCCACACCAACAUCAAAAGAAAAAAAUAAUAUUUAGCAUGAAGAAAAGUUUUUGUAAGAUCAUUCAUUUUCGCAUUGUGCUUAGAAAAAAACACUGUAAUACAAUUUAAAUGUUUUAUUUAGUUGCAUAAAUUAAAGACAGUUCAAAUACCACUAUGAUAUAUAUAUAUAUAUUUGUUAAUUAAAAUGUUUUUUUAAUCAUUUUGGUACAUUUAUUUGUUUUGUUUCAUUACAGAAUAAAAAUAUGCCCAAUUAGUCACAGUGCAAAAAAAUGGUUUAAUUGUCUAAAAACUGUUAUUUCUAAGUUUUUCUAACUUUUUUGGGGGCGAAAUAUGAUCCAGACGUGCUUUUAAAAGGUUUCAACUGCUGAAUAUUUGCUGGUUAUGUACAAACAGAGAUCUGGAGCACGUAAAUUAUUUUUGAUCAACGGGAGCAGGAUAUUUUUAUCAUGAGGGAGUGCAAGUGAGAGUUGGGAAGUGUUAGGCAUGAUCUUGAUUAUGUGCCUUGAGAUGAAUGACAUGUCAGAAACCCAUCCGUUCUCCGGACACAAGAGACACCUUUGAAAUGUGCAAAGAGAACUGAUUCUUUAUAUGCAAAACAUCUUCCUCCUUAUUUCCCAUGAUGCAACUUCUCCUGGACGAGGAAAUCUCGAGGCUAAUGCGAGACUCAGUACAGUACCUGGUGACUUCCUCCUCUGAAGUACGUAAGGAAUGGAUUUAUCUGUGUAUUUUCUUAGAAGACUUUUUGGAUGGACUAAUGCAUGAGUUUGUCAUCCUCACAGAGAGCUGAAUAUAUCUAUCUCUGUGUUUGUUGCUGAAGUGGAGCCGACCACUAAAUGUUCAGUGCAACUCUAUGCUCUCGGUCAGCAGCCCUCGGAUGGGCGUUACCUUCUGCCUUUGCUUUGUGACCCAUGAAUAUAUCCUAACCUCGUGUGCGUAUACUAAGUUCGUGAACAUACAUGUACGCAAGAAUAUGUGUAUGCUCACGUUUAUAUAAACUAAAGAUACAAUAUAUUUGAAAGCA